AUGGGAGUUUUCCAGAGUAUGUUCUCUAGGCUGUGGUCGAAAAAGGAGGUGCGAAUAUUGAUCCUGGGUUUGGUGAGAGGCUCCACUCCCUAUCGCCUGCCUGCUAUCGCCACUAAUACUAAGCAGGACAACGCGGGAAAAACAACAUUAUUGUACCGACUGAAAGUAGGGCUAUUUGGUUCUAUAGUAAACCUAAGGGACAGAGUUUAACACGGGGGUUGUAGAUCGGCGAGGUUGUGACCACGGUCCCAACAAUCGGCUUCAACGUCGAGAGUGUCACAUACAAGAAUCUGAAUUUUAACGUUUGGGUAUGUAUCGAAGUCUUAUUUACACGCAUACAGUUUUCUGACAUUAGACAAUAGGAUCUCGGUAUGCGGCUUCUCCUCACUGGCGUUUCCUCGGUUUACCUGCUAACGUGUUUGACACAGGCGGUCAAACCUCGAUCCGACCAUACUGGCGCUGCUACUACGCUAACACCGCCGCCGUUGUUUUCGUGGUUGAUGCGACCGACCACACUCGUUUAGAAACUGCAGCGGAAGAACUACAAGCUAUGCUAAACGAGGAUGAGCUACGGGAAGCAGCACUGUUAGUGUUUGCGAAUAAACAGGACCAACCAGGUGUUUUAGGCGCUGCGGAGAUUAGUGAAGUGCUGAAGCUGCCUAGCUUGAAGGAGCGGAGUUGGAGUAUCUUCGGGUGCAGUGCUGUCACUGGCGAUGGUGAGCCUGUCGCAAGGGCUUUGUUAAGGUCAGGACAGAUUGCUAAUGCACGUGAUUUAGGUGUCAACGAUGGUAUGGAUUGGCUAGUGGUAACAACCCCCCUAAAUCACCCAUCUUACAUUUCCUUAGCUAAUAACUUGACAGAAAACGGUGCAGGAGGCACAGUAGCAACAUUUAAACCCUCGAAAAGCGUACAUACCUUAAACAGAUGGUGGGGUGGGGGAACGGAAACAGGCAGAUUAUAUCACCUAAUAACAUAUUUUGUUUAACUCUUCCUCUCUAAGCUGACAGGAGAUUUCUACUUGUACCCGAGAACGGGAGUUAAUUUGAUUUCUUUUGUCCUUGAUUCUUUCGGACCUAGCGCUGGUCGGUUGCUGUAGAAUGGUGGAAGCGUAGGAUAGGGUUCGGACAAGGUUUAUAUGAGUUUGAUGGAGCGAAUAAGCCCAAAUACUCGAUUGGCAAUACUUUUCCAGUGGUAGAAGUCUUUAAACUCGGCUUGCUAAAGUUUGCUACUGUAUUACCCUGCUAAAAAUCAGACUAGCUCAUAGC